CUCUCUCCUGCACAGGAUCAGUGUGUGAUUAGUGGAUUAUCAGCUUCUCCUCAGGCUUCAGUCACUCAGACACUCAGAGACUCUCGACAUCAUGAGUUUCAGCGCUGAGGAGCGAGGCCGAGAAAACACUCCGGACUACAGACUCUACUUCAAAAACGCGGAGGGGAAACACAUCUCUCCAUUCCACGACAUUCCCAUCUACGCUGAUGAAGCCGAGAACAUCUUCCACGCUGUUGUCGAGGUUCCUAGAUGGACAAAUGCAAAAAUGGAGAUCGCCACUAAAGAUGCCCUCAAUCCCCUGAAGCAGGACCUGAAGAAAGGGAAACUGCGCUACGUUAGCAACGUGUUUCCUCAUAAGGGCUACAUCUGGAACUAUGGAGCGAUCCCUCAGACGUGGGAGGAUCCCGGGCACCGGGACGGAGACACAGGCUGCUGUGGCGAUAACGAUCCCAUCGACAUCUGUGACAUCGGGAAUAAAGUUUGCUCUCGAGGGGAGAUCAUCCGUGUGAAGGUGUUGGGGACUCUGGCGCUCAUAGACGAAGGAGAAACCGACUGGAAAGUCAUCGUUAUAAAUGUGGAGGACCCAGAGGCUGAAGACUUCAACGACAUCGACGACGUGCGCAGACUCAAGCCUGGAUUCCUGCAGGCCACACUUGAUUGGUUCAGGAUGUAUAAAGUGCCUGAUGGGAAGCCGGAAAACCAAUUUGCCUUCAAUGGUGAAUUCAAGAACAGGGAUUUUGCCAUUAAAACAAUUAAGGACACUCAUCACUUCUGGAAAGCUCUAAUCUCCAAGAAAACAGACGCUGGGGAGCUCAACUGUAUGAACACCUGUGUCUCCGACAGUCCCUUCUGCGUCUCCGGCGCCGAGGCCAAAGCCAUCGUCGAUUCAGCUCCUCCUUACGGUGAGCCAGAGCCGGUGCCCAGCUCAGCUGAUAAAUGGUUCUAUUACUAAACGGAUAUAGAAGAUCAUCAGCGGACUGUGACGGGAACAGGGACGAAUCAUCAAUGUUUCUGCUAUAUAUUGUAUUAGUUUCUGAUUGAUUUAUGAAGUUGUAGAGCUCUGAGAAUGUUAGACAGUCUGUGCAUAAUAAUACUGUACAUGUGGACCUUUUAAUGCAAACUGGGAAUCAGAAUAAAAUGAUGUGACUUUACAAAUGUUCUCACAAUACAAGAAACUUUUAAUGAAAUAGGAUAUAUUUUUCUCCUCAUCUAUGGUAAUUUGUAUGUUAAAGGAACAUCUAAUUGUUGCAUUUUAGAUUAAUUUGUAACUUGUUUUAAUCACUAGUCUAGUGAUAGACUAUAAUUACACCUGAAUGAGGUUCAACGGGUGUUUCUUUCUAACAUGAUGAUGUUAUUUUUGACUUUCUGCUCCAUCACCAUGGCAACCCUCUUCAAAUGUAGCGGAAUCUGUUGUGUUUGAAAUGUAAAUCAUGUGAUUUUAGGCUUAUUACGUUCACACAAAAUCAAAUUAAAACUAAAAAGGUUAAGGCAGAGAUGAGAGUUUUAUUACAGGACACCCAAAUUAUGUUUUAACAUGAUAUGUAGACCAAAUAUGUUGAAGAUUUCGAGUAAAAAUGCCCUUAAUUGAAUAUUCGGCCAUACAUAAGUU